UAUGCUAUUUGGGCUUGAAUAGAUUCAAUUUCAAACCCACUACCUCUAAUGUCAUCAUCAAAUUAGGUCGAAGAACUUUUAAGAGAGAUUUCACAUAUCUCGCCGUCCGAUCACCAACUACGGCGGAUAAAAUGAAGAAUUCGAUCCCGAUUGAUCUCAUUUACGAGAUACUCUCAAGAUUACCUGCAAAAUCAGUUGCGAGGUGUCGUUGUGUGUCGAAGCAAUGGAGAUCCAUCCUUAGCCGUCAAGAUUUCACCGAAUUGUUUCUAACAAGAUCCAAAGCUCGUCCACGUCUCUUAAUUAGUGUCCAACAAGAUGGUGAGUGGAGCUUUCUCUCGCUGCCUCAGCCUCAGAAUCAUUACGAGAAUUCGUCUCUUGUAGUAGCUGCCGCCGAUUUUCAUACCAAGUUUUCUUCAGGGAUAAGCCUAUACAGUUGUAGCUAUGCCUCUGGUUUGAUCUAUUUUCAUAAUAUGCGCAUCCCAAGGGAAGAUGAAGAUGAAAAGCGUGUGUUGUGUGACCCUCUCACUGGACAGUAUGUGAUCUUACCUGAACUUAGAGUAGGUCAUUCGUGUAGCUAUUUAGGGUUUGAUCCGAUUGAUAAGGAAUUCAAGGUUUUGUUCAUGAAUACUAGUGAUUAUAUAGCGUCUAAUGAUGUAGAUCAUUAUAUUUUGACACUGGGAACUGGGAAAUUGAAAUGGAGGAAGAUCCGAUGUCCUUUUACCCAUGAGCCUGUGUGGAAUAGGAUUUGCAUCAAUGGGGUUUUGUAUUACUUAGCUAUAAGUUCUAAUGGAUUACCUUAUGUUUUAGUUUGCUUUGAUGUUAGAUCUGAGAAAUUCAAGCUUCUUGACAUAGAAUACCGUUAUGGAUUUGAUGGAUUGAUAAACUAUAAGGGGAAAUUAUGUGGGAUUAAUUUGAAGUAUGCUUAUCAUGGUGGAUUUCCAGUUAAGUUGACUAUGAGGGUUCUAGAGGAUGUCGAGAAACCGGAAUGGUCGAAACAUGACUACUCUUUGUGGGUGGAGAGUAAAGUCGUUAAGGUUAACAAUAAUCUUUCCGUUUCUGGGAUGACUGCUACCGGUGACAUUGUUUUGUCGAUGAAAUAUGUAUCCAAUCCGUGUUACAUUUUCUACUUCAAUCCGGAAAGAAACACCCUCCAAGUCCAAAGUGUUGAAAUCCAAGGUCUUGGAGCUAAUCGUGAUUGCAUAUCUUACUACGCCUUUGUAGACUAUGUAGAGGAUCUUAGUGUUAACGAUGCAAUGCUGCAACUCAAGUCAAGCCCUUUACUGCAAGGCCGAAAUAUCGUUACCAAGAGGCCAAAACCAAAGCAUCGCAGGCAUACAUCUCGUGACCUCUCCAUCUGCUCCGUCUGUGAAGAACAAGCAUCAGAACAAGUACAAAUUCUUAGCUAACAUGCUCUAUCACUCUGUUGGCUUAGCUAUUUUGUUUUUUGUUUUAUUUGUUUUGUUUUUUUAGCUCUAUGACUCUGUUGGCUUAGCUAUAUUUGUCACAUAUGGAGAUAAGAUCAAAACGCCUAAUCAAUAGUCUGACUAUCCAUUUGUUAUGAUCAAAGUAUAUUUCCCUGUGGUUUACUCUUUGGCACAAA